AUGAGCACUCCCUUAGAUGCAAAGAAGUCGGUAAAGAAAUGCUUAAAAAGGAGAAAAAGGAAGAAGAAGUCCAGGAAGAAGAGCAAAAAGAAGCACAAGCGAGGAAGGAGCCUCGGCAGCGAGAGCAACAGCAGUCAGGUGAGCGACAGCAGAAGCAGCAGCGGGGGGACCAUCGACUCGGCAGAUUCAGGUCACCCGUUCAGAGAAGGUCACAGGGUGAAGCGAUUGGCCAAGGCAAUACCGGGUAUUCUUACGAGGCACGCAGUAGACGAGAUGGGUCGUCUUCUGGUACAGCAAGUGGGAGAGGAGAGCAUGCGCACAAUACAGCCUGUUCUACUUCGGUAUCUUCGUUUACAUGUCAUGAUGAAGAAUCCAGCCCCCGUUCAGAAAAGGGAGUUAUUGACAUUGGGUCAUGCGCUAGACCGAUUGCUACAAAGGGACAUUCUGGGGGCCAUGGACGUUAUGGUGCAACGGGUGAAAGCCAUCGAGCUGGUCCUAGCUGGGUCGGCAUGGGCGGUGGCACAAAACCUGGAGCUGGUACCACUCGACCAGGAACUCAUCACCAGCACGGCCGAGGCCCAAGGUGCCGCGAGGGAGUAUCGCAACGAAUCGAAGGUGCAAAGAGAGUUGGGGAAAGGUGGCGGCAAAACCCGGUGGCAAGAGGAGUAUCGGAAAAAGGGGGAUGGAAAGAAAGGCGAUGGGAAGAACAACAAGGGAGGCACGCUGGGGGAAACCCCAGUGGCUGAUGGCAGGCACUUGGGCAAUGAUGACGUGAAGAAAUUCGAUUGGAGCAAGUUCCUUCAGACACGCAGCGUCAGUUAUUCCAAUGAGGAGGUGCGAACGUCCAAGUGGACUACUUGGGCUUGGGCCAAUGUAGAACCGGCCUUACCUUUAGGUUCUAUUGGAUCUAUCGCAGCAGUGGAUCUGGCAGAAGGUGGAGUAUUGGAUCUCCUAACUCAUCCCCACAAGUAUUUGGUCCCUGGCUGGAAUGAUGAGGCAGUGAGGGCUUCCAGAGUGAUGGUUCGGGAUGAGGAGUGGGAUGAGUUGGCCCGGGGACUUGUGAAAUACAAUCUCUGUGCAAUCCUUCCAGAGUCGGCCUUGCUGGCGCCAGGAGGGCAGCCACUCUUGAACGGAUUGUUUGGGUUCGAGAAGGGCGAACAACAGUCGGGUGUCGAGGUACAUCGGCUGACAAUGAAUUUAAUCCCCUUGAACUCCAUCAGUGUUCCAGUGAGCGGUGAUGUGGCCACUCUACCACUACUGCACCAGAUGGGGUCGCUGCCGCUACAACCGCAAGAGGAGUUGGUGAUAUCGUCCGAGGACAUUCGGUGUUUCUUCUAUCUUUUCAGGUUACCGCCAGCCUGGUUCCCGUAUCUGGGUUUCGGCAAAGCAGUGCCUUCGGACUUAGUUAGAAAAGAUCGCACUUGGCCAUUGAACAAUCCGGUUUGGCGUGUGUGCCUAGACAAUCUGGAUGUGCUGGAGAAAAAGGCCCCAGAAAUGGUGAAGUUGCUGGAAGGCGAGGUGUCACCGGAAGUGGCACCGUUGAUUGCCGCCUACGAGGAAGGUGGGAUCCCACUCAAUCCAAAGAAAUCGGCAAAGCAACAAACCAAGGCGGAGAUUCAGGGUGCUGAUGUCAAUGGUUCUGCAGGGUGGAGCCGGCCGAAGAAGGACAAGCUACGAAAGUACGUGAGUGCGGCGCUCUCCUUACUUAGGAGGGCACGCUGCUCACAAAAGGAGAUCCAAAUUGUGGGAGGUGGGUUCGUUUACUUCGCUAUGUUUCGGCGGCCGCUCAUGUCAUGUUUGAACUUCAUCUGGGCCUUCAUCCAAUCUUUCGAAGACCCAGGCCCGCGGGUUCGUCCAAUCCCAGGCGCUGUGCUCUCGGAGAUGCUAAUGUUCCUUUGCUUGUUGCCGUUAGCGCACAUUGACCACAGGCUUUCCACAUCAAACUUGGUGACGGCCAGUCACGCAUCACUUCUAGGAGGAGGCGUAUGCGCCUCUCAAGGUGAAACCAGCUUGGGGUUGCAGGUGGGUCAAGGAACUUUCCGAGGAGAGAUAGAUUGCGAAGUGCCCGAUGGUGGUAUCGUUUGCAUUGUGGAGAAAGACCCGGCAGCCCGCAGAGUUGUAGAGAGCAACUUCCCCGAUGCUAUCUUCGUGGACCAAGUAGAGGACAUCACUCCAGAUAUGUGUCAGCGCUGGGCUUGGCUUGCUUCCACGGCCAAGCUUGUCAUUGUUGGAGCGGGACCCCCAUGUCAGAGCUCACUACAUUCUCUUGUGAAGCCGCUUGUGAACAUGAUCCAGAAGGCCUUCAGCUGGUGUCCACUCCAUUUCUUGCAGGAGAGCGUCACGAGUCUGGAUGUCCAAAAGCGCAUCGCCUAUACACGUGUUAUACUGGUUCACAUGGACCUUGGUGCACGAGGAAUAGCCAGGUGCAAUGCUGAGGCCCUUGAUCGUUGGUCUGGUGAUCGCCAUCGUUUUCCUCCCUACCAAUACCGGGAUGAAAAUCUCCUUUGGCACGCCAAACAACCCCCGCGCGUUCCCAGCGUUCAGGAGCGAGAACGCUCCCUGGGUUUUUUUCCGGGAUACACCGCAAAUGUCUUGCCGAAGGAUGAGGCGAAGGGCAACCCCCUCAAAGUGGAGGAUAUCCGUACGAGUUUGUUGGGCAACACGUGGAGCGUUGCUGUGGUAGCCUUUUUGUUGCUCCAACUCCUCCGCCCUUUGAAGCUGUGCGUGACAGAGUCAUUGCAUCAACUCCUUUGGACUCUUUUCGGUGGCCAGCCGAUCUUUUCAAGCACUCUGCUGUCUUGGCAUCCGCUCGGCGAUAGCUUCGUCAGUCAACCCACCCAGGGCCGGCUGGUCCCGCGGUUGCUCACCUUGCUGUCCGGCAAGGGGAGCGACAUCAUGAUUCAACGAGGAACCGAGGUUCAUGAUCAUCAACGUUUUCGGGCUUCGAUUCCUGCCCAUCUUUGGUCCUGGAAAACCAUUUGUGGGUGGCCCUGGCCAUCCACUGAAAAGGACCACAUAAAUCGCUACGAACUUCGGGCGGUUUAUACAGCUUUGCGAUGGCGGGUCCUCCGGCGAAAAGAGCUGAAGGCCCGUUUUUAUCCACUUAACCGACUCUAUGGUGUGUUUGCACGUAGCCUCACGCGGACGCUCGAGUUCCCGAAAGAUACAAUCUUUGAUGUACCGCAUUGCUUCCCUUCUCCUCUCUUCCG